ACAGCUGAUGUUCAUGGCCAUAGUACUCUUCGAUCUGGAGCGCCGCAUACUUUCGCUGAUUUUUGUGCUUAUACAUCCGUCUCACUUCAUAUUCCGGAGACCCGGCUUAUGUGCGGUCCUACCGCGAGAAUUUUCCGGUCGGCUCUGAGAAUGUCACGCGUGGAUUUCCCAGCAUUGUUUUGCUUCGGCGAUUCAUUGACCCAGCGUUCCUUCAAUACCGAGGACGGUUGCUGGGGUGCCAUGUUGGCAUCCAGAUAUCAGAGGAAAGUGGACGUGCUGAACAGAGGAUUCAGCGCUUACAAUUCCGAGCAGGCUACUUGCCUCUUGCCGAGACUCCUCCCAAAAGGAGCUCCAGCUCCCUACGUCAUGCUCAUCUGGUUCGGUGCCAACGACUGCUGCGUUCCGCAAGCCCCACAGCAUGUCCCGUUGGACGACUAUGAGUCGAAUUUGAAGUCCAUAAUGAAUCACGCCGCGACCGUCGGAAUACCCAGAGAGAGGGUGGUCCUCCUGACCCCUCCGAAGUACGAUCACAAGGCUUGGGUCGCCCACAAAGCUAAGGAUGGUGUCUUGGAGAGCCAAGUGGGUCGCGGAGAAGAUUUGUGCGAGGAUUACGCUCGACGUUGCGCGGAAGUUGCUUCUCGUAAUGGGACUCUGCUGGUGGAUGUCUGUGCUGCUAUGAAGGCCAGAGAUGAUUGGCGAUCGUUGAUGCUGGACGGUCUUCACUUCAAUGUCGAUGGAGCGAAGUUCAUCGCCUCGCUCCUGGCCUCGGUUCUCGAUCCGAUCAUUGAGAGCCUGCCUUGCAUAUUCCCCGACAAAGAGCAGAUAGACUUCUCGAACGUUCGAUCGCAAAUUCAGCAGUGGAUCCCUUGAGCUCCGGGCUUGGGGAGAAUGAUGUGGGUCGCAUCCGAUCUGUACAAGAAGCCGAAAAUCAUCUCGUCGACCUCGAGGAUCGAUCAUAUCGCUCAAGCGAGCCACGUUGUCUCGAAAUCGAGAUCCACUCAUCGGACACCCAAUAGAGAUGGACGACGGGCUCAACUCACGUCAUGGAUCGUGAAUAUGAUUCGGAAGAAAAUCAUAUCCUUGUGAGAAAGGCCUCGACUAUGAUCUCAUUCACGGUCGAGAUCACGCCGCUGCUUUAGAUUUUGUCAAUUACGCCCGUCGCUGAUGAUGAGCCUCUCCGCCGAGCUCUUUAGAGUGCUUUCACAGAGGUGUCUAGACUCUGACCGCAACUCGCUGGUGGUCGAAUUAUUACAGACCCGAAAGGGGAUGCCACGCGAUGCUCCAUAUAGGAGAAUAACAGCUCGAGCACUUUAGAGCGGUGGGAGGGGGCAGAAGGAGGCUCAUUCGCGCGACGAAUUCAAUCUGAAGCUCUUGCUCGAUAACUUAUCAAUAAAUGAG